ACAGCUGACUACCCGUCGUUAAAUCAUUCGCAAAAAAAAACCUAGCAACGCAUAAACAAAUGCGAAGAAAAACCCUAAAUAUCGAUCUCCAUUAAGUGCGGCCAGCGCAAAAAGUGGAUAAUUGUUCUGCGUGGAUAGGGAAUUAGGCGGAGAGAACCAGGAUCUAAAUCACAAUGCCGCAGGAAGAGGGAAAUACGGGGACAACGGCCCAACAAUUCGAUGGCGAAAUCGAGAAUGUGCGUGUGGUGGUGCGAACUCGGCCCAUGGAUAAAAACGAAUUGUCUGCCGGAGCGCUAAGUGCGAUUUCGGUUGAUAAAAUCAACCGGGCCAUUACGGUGAUGAAGCCCAAUCCCACGGCCAAUGAACCACCAAAAACCUACUAUUUUGAUAACGUUUUCGAUGGCGGCUCCAAUCAAAUGGAUCUCUAUGUGGACACAGCACGUCCCAUUGUGGAUAAGGUUCUGGAGGGCUACAAUGGCACCAUUUUGGCUUAUGGACAAACGGGCACUGGAAAAACCUAUACCAUGUCCGGGAAUCCCGAUUCCCCGCAGACAAAGGGCAUAAUUCCCAACGCCUUUGCCCACAUAUUCGGGCAUAUCGCCAAGGCCAAGGAAAACCAAAAGUUCCUGGUGCGAGUCAGCUAUAUGGAGAUAUACAACGAAGAGGUGCGGGAUCUGCUGGGCAAGGAUGUGGGCAAGAGUCUGGAAGUCAAGGAGAGACCCGAUAUAGGGGUCUUUGUCAAGGAUCUCAGUGGUUAUGUAGUGCACAAUGCCGAUGAUCUGGAGAACAUUAUGCGAUUGGGAAACAAAAACCGUGCUGUGGGAGCCACCAAAAUGAAUGAGGAGAGCUCGAGAUCCCAUGCCAUUUUCUCCAUAACUGUGGAGAGGAGCGAACUGGGUGAAGGAGGUGCCCAACACGUACGGAUGGGUAAACUACAGCUGGUGGAUCUUGCCGGCUCCGAGAGGCAGUCCAAGACCCAGGCUAGUGGACAGAGACUCAAGGAAGCCACCAAGAUCAAUCUGUCGCUUUCGGUGCUGGGUAAUGUCAUCAGUGCUUUGGUGGAUGGAAAGAGUACUCACAUCCCAUACAGGAACUCUAAACUAACCCGACUUCUUCAGGAUUCGCUGGGAGGAAACUCCAAGACCGUGAUGUGUGCCACCAUUAGUCCAGCGGAUAGCAACUAUAUGGAAACCAUAUCCACCCUGCGCUAUGCUAGUCGUGCUAAGAAUAUCCAAAAUCGCAUGCACAUCAAUGAGGAACCCAAGGAUGCAUUGCUCCGUCACUUUCAGGAGGAGAUUGCUCGUCUCCGAAAGCAAUUGGAGGAGGGCAGCAGCUUGGAGGAGGAGCCGCCAAGCUCCGAAGAGGAGGAGGAUACAGCCGAUGAUGAGCUAGAGGCCCCACUGGAGAUCGAAAUGGAGAGUUCCACCGUCCAAGCUGUGGAGAAGAAACCGAAGAAGAAGCGAGAGAAAACCGAUGCCGAGAAAGAGGAACUGGCUCAGCGUAAAAACGAACAUCAGAAGGAAAUCGAGCAUGCUAAAACGGAGCAGGAAACUCUUCGAAAUAAACUGGUCUCUUUGGAAGGAAAAAUCCUCGUGGGCGGGGAGAAUCUUCUAGAGAAGGCUCAGACCCAAGAGAUGUUACUAGAGCAGUCCAUUGCGGAACUGGAACAACAUGAGAAAUCCGAGGAGGCACUCAAGCAAACCCUUCAGCAAAAGGCCACCGAAAGGAUUGACAUUGAAGAGCGCUAUUCCACGCUCCAGGAUGCCAGUACUGGCAUUACCAAAAAGAUUCAUCGGGUGAUGCAGAUGUUGAUGGGUGUGAAAUCGGAGCUGGCAGAUCAGCAGCAGGAACACCAGCGGGAGAAGGAGGGAAUCUACGAGAAUAUCAGAAGCCUAUCCAGGGAACUAGCCUUGUGCGAGCUGGUAUUGAAUUCGUAUGUUCCCAAGGAGUACCAGUCGAUGAUUAAUCAGUAUACCCACUGGAACGAGGACAUCGGGGAGUGGCAACUGAAAUGUGUUGCCUAUACGGGAAACAAUAUGAGAAAACACAUCUCGGCUCACAAGUCGAGUGGCAAGGAACCCGAUUUCCUGGAUCUUUCGCAUGUUUACCUCAGCUACAACACCGAUGGGGUGUCCAAUCCCCUGCGAUCCAAAUCCGCCAGGCCAAGGACUUCGGGGGUUCCCAGACCCACAACAGCCAGGCGAUACUGAAUGGAAUUUUGGCCGGGCAAUCGAGUGCUAGUCCAGCUGCACCUUCUCAGCGGUCUGCGCGUCCAGUUCUUGUUUCAUCUCCUGCUAGUCCUGAGUUUCUACAGCCUCAAGUUCAUUUGCCCAGUAAAUUUCCCUUUUGUUAGCCCUUUGUUUUUGUUGAUUUACUGCUUAGGACAUACUUUUUAGGUUGAAAAACGGUGCAAUACAUUUACAACUGUGUUUGUAAUUUUAAUUUUUAACUUAUACUUAUUUUAUAAAACUAAUUACUAAGUAGCAACAAGAUUUUACUCGAAUAGGCACAAAAAAACACAAGGUAUUAUUGAUGUGCUCUUUGCUUUUAAAUAAAAAUAUUACGAUACUCA